AUGUCUCAGAGGAAAGGGGCCAUGGCUGCAGUGACGAGCAGCAAGCAUGAGGAGGAGAUGAUGGAGCUCAGGAGAGGCCCCUGGACGCUGGAGGAGGACAACCUCCUCAUGAACUACAUUGCUUGCCAUGGCGAGGGCCGCUGGAAUCUCCUCGCCCGCUGCUCCGGUUUGAAGAGGACCGGCAAGAGCUGCCGGCUCCGGUGGCUCAACUACCUCAAGCCUGACAUCAAGCGCGGCAAUCUCACGCCGGAGGAGCAGCUCCUCAUCCUUGAGCUCCAUUCCAAGUGGGGAAACAGGUGGUCGAGGAUAGCGCAGCAUCUGCCGGGGCGGACGGACAACGAGAUCAAGAACUACUGGCGGACGCGGGUGCAGAAGCAGGCGCGGCAGCUCCGGGUGGACGCCAACAGCGCCGUCUUCCGCGACGCCGUCCGCUGCUACUGGAUGCCGCGCCUGCUCGAGAAGAUGGCCGCCACGAGCGCGCACCAGGUGGAUCCGGCGCUGUUACACCCCGCGCACGUCGCCACCGGCCUGGGCUCCGCCUCCCCGCCGGUCCACGGCGGCCAGCACGACGCGACUAGCGCGCCGGGCAGCGGCUACGGCCACCACCAGAGCUACCCCGUGGACCCGAGCCCGAGCACGUCGACGUCCGGCUCGACGUCGGCCGCCGCGCUCCCGCCGGUGCCCUGCUUCUCCGAACUGAGCUGGGUCGACCAGUACGGCCCCUACGCCGACCUCGACGGCCCCGGCGCCGGCGCGUUCGACUCCGCGGCGCUGGGGGGCCUCGGCCUGGACGGGCUGGACCUGGGCCCGGCCGACGGCGACGUCUACCCGGACUCGACGCUGCUGGACUACCUCAACUCGGCCUGCUGCACCGGCGGCGGCGCCAUGAUGACGAUGAUGGGCGGCGGCAACGGCGCCCACAGCACCUGCGGCGCCAUGGACGAGUACGACGGCGCCUACGUGCCGUCGUCGUGGCGGACGGACGAGCUCUGCCAGGCGGCGGCGAGGAAGCUCGGCGAUCAUCAUCAGUGGGGAGGAGGAAUCUAGAAGCAGGCAGUCGAGAGGCAGCUAGCUAGCUAGCUCGCUAGAGCCUAGCUAGCUAGAGGCCGCAUGAUGGGUGCAGGUUGCUUCUUGCGACGCGCCUCUCCUAAAGCUAGCUAGCGAUGAUCGGGAUGCCACACUAGUUAACUAGUGGAGCUAAAGCUAGCAGCUAGUAGUCGAGAUACCAAUUACCAAAGCUUAUUAGACGUCUCGGACGAUAUUGAUCCAUCGAUCGAUCGAUCGAGAUUCAGCUAGCUGUUCAUCAUUUGAUCAUCGUUCAUCAUGGUUUGUGUAGAAGCUGUAGUCGUUGUUGAUGGUGCACGUACGCGUAUGUGUGCGUACACGUGUUGUCACUUUU